AUGGCAAGUUCGUUGAGUCCCCUUCAAAUUUCGCAACUAAAGGACUCAUGGUCAUUGCUUGCACAGGACCCGAGCCAGUUGGCGUCAGCAUUGGUAAUCAGGUUGUUUAAAGAAAAUCCCGAGUAUCAAUCAUUAUUCAAAAAGCUUAAGAACUUAUCGAUAGAUGAACUUGAGUCUAAUCCUCAGUUUAUGUCACAUGCAUCGAAAGUAGGUGCUGCAUUGGCGUCAACUAUCGAUCACCUUGAUAAACCUGAAGAAUUAGAAAAGUUACUUACUAAUCUUGGAAUAAAGCAUAAACAAUAUGGACUUACAGCGAAACAUUUUCAGGUUAUUGGAGACGUGUUGGUUUCUAUGAUAGCAGAAGCAAUCGGUGACAGUGAACCAGAAUUAUUAGACUUGUGGAAGUCCAGUUUAACUUCAGUACUGAGUAUUAUAAUUGCAGCAUACCAUUGA